AUUGUUUUUAUUGUCCUCAUUUUUUUUUUGGUGAUCUGCUUAUUCAGGCGGUGUGAAUGUUCCCUCUCAAAAUUCCCUCUUUUUUCCCCCAGGAUAGGUAACAAACCCCCUCAUCACUCUACCCGAUUUUCCAUCUUGCACAGCCUUCUCUCAUAAUCCGUAGGUCCCUACCCUUACAAUCGCACAUCCGCAUAGACGUUUGUUGAUUAUCAGGUUUCCACCGUUUGCUGCUGAUGUGCGAGACCAGCUAUUAUAUGUACCACCAUUUUGAUCUUUGGAGGAAAAUUAAAAGAAUUAUAGGGGUUGAAGGAUGGUUGGGGAAGUAAUGGAGGGUUGUGGACAGUUCCAGAAUAUAGCAUUAGCAAUGGCUGUGGUGAUGGUGGCAAUAAUAUCAAGGUAAAAGAGGAAGCAGUAUUUCAAGGUGGAGGAGGAGAGGAGUGGAAGUUAGGGAAAAGAGAAGCUAGUGUGUUGAGGUACAAGGAGAUGAGGCAGAACUGGCUUUUCUUCAAAGGUAUCCGUUAUGAAGUUUGAAAGAUCAACGCAGAGAAGCGUCCUCGUAUGAAGCCUGUAGGAAUAUACUUGUUCUCCUCAAAGAUGAUGUUAUAUCAGACUGUACAUCGUAGGACCAUAAACAUGAAGAAUCACCAGGCCCGUUUGACAAAGCCUGUUUGUUUGGCUAGUUGGAAAUUGACAUCACUGAGAGAAAAUCAGGUAAGGGAAUUUGCAAGGUUUGUGAAUAUAAGAGAUAAAAAUGGAGCAACCCAAUUGCACUUGGCAGUCCGACAACGAUGGCCGGGGUGCGUUCAUAUGUUGUUAGACAGUGGGGCUCUUGUUUGUGCAUCUUCUAGAGGAUAUGGUUUCCCUGGGAUUAUAUCACUUCAUUUUGCAGUUUGUGGGGGUUCAUUGGAUUGUGUUCGGGAAUUACUUGCUUGGGGGGCUGAUAGACUUCAUAGAGAUUCAUCUGGACCAGAUCCACUGACAUACGGAGUAGGUGAUUUCAAGGUCUUUGAUGCUGAAAUUAGUUUUGAGUACUCAAUAUGGAAUUAAUGUUAUAGCAGUGUCUGAACCCCCUUGUUAUUCCCUUUCUAUGGAGUUGAAUGUGCUACAAUCUACGUAUUUCUAGUGUGGUUAAACAAUAUUAGCCUUCAUGCUCAAUCAUAACGAAAAUCGAGAGUAAUUGGUUCCUAUUGAGAUUGUUGACGAUGACAUGAUGGCAUUAAAGAAUUUGGAUUGAGGCUUUGACAAGUAUGGUUUAACAAAAGAUAUGGUUGACACC